AUGGUCAAAAAAAAGGAAUUUUUAAUGGAACCAAUAUCCGAUUUUAUUGAAACAACAGGCCCUAGUGAUUUAAUCGACAAAGAACAAGAUCAUACAACAUUUUCAGUUUUCAAACUCUUAUUUUCCGAUGAAAUUAUUAAUUUAGUAGUACGACAAACUAAUUUAUACGCCCAGCAACGGUUAAAUAUAUUGAUGGGUAUAAAAAGAUCACCCAGCUAUAGAGAUUAUUGGUCAUCAGCACCAGACCUUCACGACAGUUAUAUAAGUCAAUUAGUAAAUCGUUUUGGUUGGUUGGUGCCUACUAUACACUUAAAUGAUAACAAAAUGAUACCUAAAAAAAAUGAAAUAGGAUAUGAUAAACUUUAUAAAGUUCGGCCAUAUUUAACAGUUUUAAAAUAUAAUUUUCAAAAGUAUUAUAAUCCUAACAAAAUAAUUGCGGUCGACGAAUCAAUGAUCAAAUUUAAAGGACGAUCUACAUUGAAACAAUAUAUGCUGAAAAAGACCAUUAAAAGGGGAUACAAGGUUUGGUUACUUGCAGAUAAAAAGGGGUACAUAUGGAAUUUUGAAAUAUAUUCAGGUAAAGUUGGUGAAAAUGUGGAAAAAAAUUUAGGCGGUCGUGUUGUAAAAGAUUUAUCGUUUCCAUUACAGAACAAAAACCAUCAUCUUUAUAUCGAUAAUUUUUUUAAGAAUAAAAAUAUGAAACUGGGUGAUUAUGACUGGCAAAUAACAGCUGAUCAAGAUAAUAUUUCUAUAGUAAAAUGGAAAGAAAAACGAAUCGUUAGUUUAUUAUCUAAUUUUCAUGAUCCACAAAAUGUAACUCAGGUACAAAGGAAAUCCAAAGAUGGUUCUGCAACUAUGGUUAAAUGCCCUAAAGUUCUGCAAGACUAUAAUAAUAAUAUGAACUGCGUCGACAAGUUUGAUCAGAAUAAAAAAUCUUACCAAAUUGACAGAAAAAGUCAUAAGUGGUGA